GGAAACAACAACAGAAAGGAGGGUGGCUCGGAGCAGAAAGGCGUUCGGCAAGUUGUUUAGGUUCCCUCUAAGAAAGUGUGCGUGUAGAAGUAAAGCAGCAUCUUAACAGAUCAGCAGUAACGAAUUGUUGAGCUGUCCAAGGCGCUGGAUUUAGCAGGCGGCGAGGGGAAGUAAGAGAAGAAGGAGGAGGAGGAGGAGGAGGAGGAGGAUGAUGUGUAAGGGUAGAGGUCCUGUCCGCAGCUACAUGUGCUCUUUGACAAAGAACGAGAUCUCCACGACCACUUCUGCAUUGUUUCGUCUCCUAUUUGUCCGGUUUGAGUGACCGGCUGAAGCCCCAGCAGAGUGGCAUGUGGGUCAACCCUGGCACCGUCGGAAGGGCCCUCUCCAUGGAUAUAGACACAGACUAUGAGCGGCCCAAUGUGGAAACCAUUAAAUGUGUGGUGGUCGGGGAUAAUGCAGUAGGCAAGACCAGGCUAAUCUGUGCCCGGGCCUGCAAUGCCACACUCACACAGUAUCAGCUGCUUGCCACCCACGUGCCAACCGUCUGGGCCAUCGACCAGUAUCGCGUAUGCCAGGAGGUGUUGGAGAGAUCUCGAGACAUAGUGGAUGAGGUCAGUGUGUCCCUGAGGCUAUGGGACACAUUUGGGGAUCAUCAUAAGGAUAGGCGCUUUGCCUAUGGCAGGUCUGACGUAGUGGUGCUUUGCUUCUCCCUGGCUAAUCCCAACUCCCUGCGCCAUGUUCGCACCAUGUGGUUCCCAGAAAUCAAGCACUUCUGUCCCCGAACCCCCAUCAUCUUGGUCGGCUGCCAGCUGGAUCUGCGCUAUGCUGACCUGGAUGCAGUUAACCGUGCACGGCGACCAUUAGCAAAGCCCAUCAAACCUACGGAUAUCCUCCCUCCAGAGAGAGGCCAUGAGGUGGCUAAAGAACUUGGUAUUCCCUACUAUGAGACCAGCAUUGUUGCCCAGUUUGGAGUCAAAGAUGUUUUUGACAAUGCAAUCCGCGCUGCCCUUAUCUCCCGUCGGCAUCUGCAGUUUUGGAAAUCGCACCUGAAAAAAGUCCAGAGGCCGCUUCUCCAGGCACCUUUCCUGCCCCCUCGCCCGCCACGUCCUAUAGUGGGCAUCCCAGAUCCCCCUCUCACAGAUGGCGAGGGCCCCGACUCCCUUUUCUGCCAGCCUCUGUGUGCAGAUGUUCUUUUCCUUCUACAGGGUGGCCCCAUUCGUGUCUUUGCACACAAAAUCUAUCUGGCUACAUCCUGUUCCAAGUUCUAUGACCUCUUCACCCUUGAUCUUGGUGGGUCUUGUAGUGGGUCACGGGAGGAGGACCAGGAGAAUAAGGAAAACGUUGAGAGUGUGGAGGAAGAUGAGCAGAGCAGGAGAGGAGCCAAGGAGCAGGCUGGGCGCACAAAGAGCCUGGACAUUGAUAAAGACGGGGUUGAAGGAGGAGUGCGGGGUCUAAAUCGACCACACCUUCUCCCACAGGGGUCUUUGAGGACUUCCCAGAGUGAUAAUGUGCUCCCCUCUCGUGCCCAGUACUCCCUAGGAGCACUAGGAACAGGUCGAGCACUUUCAGGAUGGGGAAGGGGGUUUCUGAGCGUGGGUCUUGAGCAUGUUGAUGAUCCUGUAACUGGACGACCACGACCCAUGACUGUGGUAAUGAUGGACGCACUUAUUCAGGAAGAACCAUUCAAGGCCGUGCUUCAGUACUUGUACACAGGCAGUCUGGAUGAGGGUCGAGGUGAUCUGAUGCAGGUGGCCACCAUUGCAGAGCUGCUGGAGGUGUUUGACCUCCGGAUGAUGGUGGCCAAUGUCCUGAACAGAGAAAGCUUCAUGAACCAGGAGAUCACCAAGGCCUUCCACGUCCGCAGGGCCAAUCGCAUCAAAGAGUGUCUCGGCAAAGGGACAUUUUCCGAUGUGGUGUUCCGACUGGACGACGGCUGCCUCCCGGCCCACAAGCCCCUGCUCAUCUCCAGCUGCGACUGGAUGGCCGCUAUGUUCCGUGGCUCCUUCAUGGAAAGUUACAUCGAGGAGGUAUCCAUUCCUAACACCACUUCAGCCUGCAUGCGUGGCGUGCUUGAGUUCCUGUACAGUGGUCUACUGACGCCCUGCCCCGGUUUGGAGCCCAUGGAGCUUAUAGUUCUGGCCAACCGUCUCUGUCUGCCGCGCCUUAUUUCGCUUACAGAGCAGCAUGCCGUGGAGGAGCUUCUCCAAUUGGCAGUGAAAGGAGUUGACAUGGACGGUCAGGUGUUGGCUUACCUUGAGCUUGCACAGUUCCACAAUGCCAAACAACUCUCAGCAUGGUGUCUUCAUCACAUCUGCACUAAUUAUAAUAGCAUCUGCCGCAAGUUUCCCAAAGACAUGAAGGCCAUGUCUCCAGAAAACCAGAGGCAUUUUGAGAAGUACCGCUGGCCUCCUGUUUGGUUUUUAAAGGAGGAAGACCGUUACCUGCGCUCUCAGAAGGAGCGUGAACGUGAAGAAGAGAUCCUGCGCAAGCAGCACACCAAACGGGGUUGGUGUUUUUGGAGGCACCCGUCUUCCUCUUCACAUGUGUCCUAAAGAGUUACCUCCACUGAUUUCUUCAUCUAGACCUGGAUCAUCCCCCCCAGGAAAGCUAAACCCCUCCUUAAUGUGUUUAGGGGAGGGUAGCUCUGAACGCUCUACAGGCAGAGAAACAACCCUCAGUGCUAAUAUGCUUGAAUGUCCGCAUGCUUGAGGGUGUGUAUGUGCCUCUAAGCCUCUUUAUAAGUGUGGGUGACCACAUGAGUGCAAUUUGGUGUGUUGUGAAAAAAAUGUGAACUAGGCUGAAGAGUAUAUGCUUGGAUGCGUGAGUACAUGUGUGAGAUGUUGUGAAUGAAUGAUGUUUCAAUGUUGAGUGCUUCCCAGAUACUCUGAUCUAAAAAGGCUUGUGGCGCUGCAGUGCAACCCCUCGUCCCCUCCAUAAAUGCUCUGUCCAUCCACCAGCACUCACAGUGUCUCGGCCUUUGAGUGAUUGGACCGGGAGCCUCAGCCUUUGAGUGAUUGGACUCUCUCAGUCUCCAUCCUUCACACUGACCUUAAUGACUAUUUCACAUUGACCACUGCAGCUCCCAUCUGGGGAGCUUACCUCUGCCUUCACUUCUUCACAGACAAGCCCAUGAUCCACCUUUGCGAAACCAGCACUGGAUUCCUAGGAACUCACACUGACAAUAUAGAGUAGACAAUAUAAUUAAUGAUAAUUAUAUAUGUAUAAAAUUACUCUCCAUUAUAGUCCACUUGUGACUGUUGGUGUCCACCAUCCAGCCCUGCACCUUCUUCCUUCUGCGCACCACACUUGCAAAAAAGGCAAAACACACACAGCCACUCUGCAGCAACGAUUGGCGUAAAGAGGGCUAGCCUUACUUGAUACUUUUGCCACGGUGGAACGAUGGGUCCAGUAUUAAAAACGUCCACGACCACGAGGUUGCAUUGAUGCACCUAAGCCAGCCUGCCUUUACACCUCUGCACCUCUAGGGGCAGCACUGCUCAGGGCCCUGGCACUAAUCUAACCAGUGUUUGUAUGCCUGUGCUUUUUGUUUUUGUUUUUUCCACUCCAGUUUCAGUAAUGGAGAUCAUAAGAAUAACUUCAAUCCUUGCAAAGUGUUAAGCUAAAAAGUGCAUGCACUCUGUUACAACUUCAUGUAAUCUAGGAUACUUUGACCAGAUUCUGAAUACCAAAGUCCUGGUUCUUCCUCUUCUCACUAGCUUUCUACUACUAUUAUAAUUAUUCUUAUUAUUAUUCUUAUUAUUUAUCAUAACUAUGGGAUAGGGGAGAAAAGAGAGUGAUGUUGAGGAGAACAUGAUAGUAAGAAAAAAUGUUUGAAUUCUUCAGCAUUAGAAGAAAAGUGUCACUGCUGGACAUUGUCAUUGUGUCCAGAUGAGUACAUUCCGACACACUUGUGGCUUUAUUCUUUAAAUUCAAGCAUCCAUCUAGAUGUUUAUUAACUGCCCACUGAGAGCACUUAUAAGUUAAGAGGUUGGAUUGAAAUUGGACGUGAGGGUUUUCAAACACUUUUUCCUUGUUUAUUACAGCCAAUUAAUAAAUUAUAACUAAUUUUAAAGGCUGUAACUUUCCGAUUUCACAAAUGGUACCCUGUGAUGUUUUUGAUACUUCUAUGUUCAAACCCGUUUUAAUUUAUAUUGCUUUUUUGGAAACUGUGAAGCUGAUAUAGCUUUAGGAUGAAUUUCAAAUUCAGAUUGUGGUUAAAGCAAAUUGUUUUGUUAAGGGUGGAUUUUUUUUCUUCUUUUACUUUCAUGGUGACCGUGGAAAAAGAAAUCCCGUAGUGGUCAAUUUCUAUUAACACGUUCCAUCUGGGGGUUUGCGCCCCUCAGCUUUACCCAGACAACUGUGGAGAAAGGAUUGUGUGAAACAUGUUGUGUUCUGCCUUUUACAGGAGGGGGGGUGCGUAAAGUAAUUUUCAGCCACCGAAAUAGAAGUCAGAUAGAAUCUCACGAGGCUCAAGUGAGAAAUGAGCAGAUUCAUCUCUAAAAAGAGUAACAGUAAAGUCAAAGUAAUCAAGUCCCAGUCAACAAAACAUCCAUUCUGCAUAUUCUGGACUGAUUAAAUAUUUGAAAUCAUUCUCAUGCAGUGCUUUAGGAAUUUAGAAAUGAGACUUGGAGUGUACACAAUACUGAAAAUAGUAAUUGAUGGACUUUGUGUCUUUGUAGUUCCCCAUGAAAUGAACUCAUCUCAGUGGUGUUAUAUGGCCCAUUAGGCCUUGUCUCCUGCUCCAUGUGCCUUAUAUUUGGACAAAACCUAUUUGGAAUAUUAGCAGCAUCUUCAUUCAACCCUGCAGACUGGUUCUGCAGUCACUGACAAUACUAAAUACAUUGAUCAUGUCAAAAUGUAAAAUGUGUCGCUUUAUGCACACAGCCAUUAUCCUUAUUAAGAGCGUUUUUAAGCCAGCUUGAGCCAUGCCUGUGCAAAAUCUCCAGGCCUGCUGCUUGUGAAAUGCAAAUGGCCUCUUGAAUUCUUUGUACAAUGAGUAGAGUAGAUUGGUCUCAUCAUAUGGCCUUAGAUUAGGAUGUUUAUUCCUACAGAAAACCCUCCAAACCACUGAUUUUUAAAAAAAGCAAAGAGUUUGACUACGCACUGGCUGGCCUGUGCACUGGGAGGGUGAAACCACUUUUGGAAUGUGGUUAACUUGCAAGGUGGCCUAACUUUGUUCUCUGUGUUGGAACGCACUUUCUUCUUUAUCAUCUGUGACUAUAGAAUUCUGUGUUUAGCAUGACUUUAUCCCUCUGUAAGAUCCUUCCUAAUUUUGAUGAUUGUAGCAUGAUAUUUCUACUUAUGUUAUUCAAAUUUUCCUCAAGUUGCUCCAUGAGGAGCUGGGUAACACGACUCAUGAGGCUUCUUGAACGUUUUGUCACAGAACCCCACAGGGGGUUCACGUCUCGCUGAGUGGUUUUAUGCACACCUUCAUAUAACUAAAGCUCAGUGCAGCUUAAGGUAGCAUUAUUACUUUUAUAUUAUAUGAUAUCUUAAAAUGAUAUUUACAGACAUUAGCUUGAUAAUUAAUUCAGAGGAUUUGUUGCUGCUGUGUUGUGCCACAGAUUUCCGUUGAAUGCUGUUACUGUAGUUAACAUUAGGAUUUUUAAUAUAUUGGGUUUUGGAUAUAAGAAAAAGCAGUAAACUAUAAGAAGCUGUUUGUGUUUGGAUUUAGCUUGCAUUUAAUGAAAGAGGAACUAUGUGAAGCAUUACACUUGUUAGACAAAGGCUAUUUUGUACUUUAUACAACAGAGUGUCUUAAUCUUUGUUUUGGGGCCUCAUUUAGGUAACUUAAUAGGCUAAUUGGGUUUGGGAAAUUUCAAAAUUGAAGGAAGAUCAAAUUAAAUAUUUAUCAUGGUGAAAAAUAUGGGAAAUUGAAACAGAAUCAUAAGCUAGGAAAUCCUUAUGAAAAGCCCAGAUGUACAGAGUUGGGGUGAAGGGGAAAAAAUAAUGAAACUUUGUGAAUUUUACUCAGCCCUCAAGCUUUGCUUGCUCCACUGUUUCAUCCACAGUGACCAUCACAAACCAAAGCUACACAUUCUGAUGUAGGACAUAGGUUUGUGUUAUUCAUUUGGAUUGCCUUUUUCUAUCUCAUCCUUCUUACCCUUGUAUCUUUUAGAUGGUGCAGUUCUUGCUUAUUCCCAGGUCUGAUCUUUUUACUUUAAUGUGAGGCCUCGUGACUGAGUGAAGACCUAGUUUUUUUUGAAGUGUUAGGUGUCUUCUCUCCUGUGCCUUCAGUGAAAUUUCACUCCUUCUGUUCUACACAGUCUACACAUUAGCCGUCUGGGCUCAAAUUAAUCUGAACUAACCCAAGUAAUACAUACAGGUAUAGAUGUAAAAGUAGGUAACUUUUGUUGAUAUACAGUAUCUUAAAGCAAUGUUUCUCAGUACUGGUCCUCGGGUAGCACUUCCCUGCAUGUACUAGAUGUUUCUCUGUUCCAACACCUGACUCAAACAAACUGAUCACCUCAUCAGCUUGUAAUCAUUUAUAUGGUACAGAAAGGAGCGCCCAAAACAUUCAAGGACGUGGUAUCAGGAGACCAGAAUUAAGAAAUGGCAUCUUAGAGACUGUUUGGAUUUGCUUUUCAUUAUGUAUUGUGAAGCAGUCUCUGGUUACUGGGAUAAUAUGGAUAACUUUCCAAUUAUAACAAAUGGAGCUUUACAUAUUCAGUAUGUAACAUCAUCUAUGCUAAAGCUAUAGAUGAUAGCUUUGAAAUGACCAAGAAACCCAACAAACCAGCAACUUUAGAAUAAAACUUCUGCACUUCUGAGGUGCCUGCACUUUCUAUUAUGUAGCCUAAUGCUUUUUUUUGUACUUUAUUGUUACCAGUUUUGUCGAGCAGCAUUAAAAUAUCUUUCUUUUCCACUUGGUUGUUUUCUCUAAGCCAAAUUCAGUAACAUAGUCUUUAGCUUCCACUAAUCAAUAUAUUAUUUAUAAUCAACAGUCUUGCAAUGAUAUGUAGACUCUGUGUCCUUUUAGCUUGGGAACACCAUCUGUGAACAGCUGGUUGGUGUAAAGGCAGAUAUUAGUUUUGACAGCAUAAAUUAUGCUUUAAUAGAAGUGGUAUUUAUCCAAAGUACAGCACAGUGUUGUACAUCUGGAAUACGUCCCAGCUGGAGAUAACCUCUCACCUUUUAAAAACUCACCACACUGUAUUUAUCCACUAAGUUAGCGUGUGCAUAACUUAGUGUCUAGGCCGUAUGCACAGGAUCUUUUAUCAAAGGACAUUGUGUAUUUAACCCCCGGUCUAUACUGUUAGUUUUAAGUGGAGCGUACAUAUUGUGUAGUAUUGUUAUGCACUUUUAUUUUCAUUGACUUAUACGAGUGUUAUUAACAUUUACUGCUUAUGCUUUUUGUGUUCAUUACAAUAAAAGUCUAAAGAAAGAGCACAACACACACAACUAGUAAGGGCUUACAAACAACAACUAAAAUAAACAAUCAGAAUGUUUUGCUGCUGUUGCAAAAAAUGUUUUGAAACUAAAAUUUUUGUAAUAUUUUUGAACCACUGUCAUUUGUACAAAAUUGAAAAAGGAAAUGUAGAAAAAAAAAUGUUUUUUUUCUUUUUGCCAUUUCAGUAUUUUGAUGUUUGACUUGAAUUUUAUUAAAAAUGUUAAUCUUUUGAAGUUGUGGCACUUUGAUGCUAUUGCUUGUUUGUCUGAUUUUAAAAUAGAUGUGAAUGAGAAUAAAAAAGGAAGAAAACUGAGAUAAAUGCUGUUGCAAGCUUAUAUGGAUAAAAUAUUACAAUAGCUGCAGGCACAAUUUCAACUAUAUUCUUUAAAGCUGACAUAUUUUGCCAUUUUCUCAAAAGCUGACAUAAUUUCCUAUGUUCCUAAUGGAAUUUCUAUGAUACAUUUUGGUUAAAAUUUCACAGGGAUCCAUCACAAAAGCCUGCACUUUAACCAUGUGUUUGCAGCUUUGUUCAUAGCAGCCGGUUUAGGUUGGUGGAGUUAGUAUCUUAACUUCACUUCAUCCCUUUAUUUUGCAGGGUUUACCUCAUUUGAAACUGGUGUCACAGCUGUACACACUUCAGAGCUUUAGUAAAUUUAAAAAGAUGUGAAACAGGCUGGAGUUAAUGAUCUGGACCAUGCCACUCCGAUCAGAGUCUCUGAUAUCACAAUACUUGCUGUACAACACUAAUCUGAGCUGCCUACUGGAUGACAUAUUUCAGACUUUGGUGGUCUGAUUCAAAGUCAUGCACCAAAUCAUCAAACCAAACAAUAUUGUGUAUAAUGAACCAUGGACACCUUACUGAAUGUGUGAAGUAUAUAAUUUGGUAAUAAAAAUAAAAUAAAUAAAAAGACAAUUUUUGCACACCAUAGUCU